AUGAGCGACAAGAAGAAUGACGACUAUCCCCCGCGAUCGCCCGUCGGCGGGUCCCCCUUGAACGGGAAUGGGGAUGCGGGCAGAUUCUCCCCGAAGCAGCAGCACCAGGCCGGCGCCUCCCUGAAGGCCUCCUGGGCCUCCAUCGAGGACAACGGCACGGUUGCCGUCCUCGCCUACUGCUUCGCCUCGACCAGCAUGACGCUAGUCAACAAGUUUGUCGUGUCUGGAAACUCCUGGAAUCUCCACCUGCUGUACCUAGCCAUCCAGCACAUCAUCGUCACAGUCGCUGUCGUGUUAAUGCAGCAGCUGGGCAUCAUCAGCGGUGUUGACCUGUACAACACCUCCAAGGCCAAGAAAUGGUUUCCUAUCGCUAUAAUGCUAGUCACCAUGAUCUUUACGGGAAACAAGGCUCUUCAAUUUCUCUCUGUGCCCGUCUACACCAUCUUCAAGAACCUCGCGGUUGUUGUCAUUGCCUACGGAGAGGUCAUUUGGUUCGACGGCAGCGUCAGCCCCCUCAGCCUGGUUUCCUUCAUUCUCAUGGUCCUCAGCUCCGUCCUCGCUGCUUGGUCCGACUUCAGUGACGCCAAGAACUCUGCCGCCGGCUCCCGUCUGUCUACCUUGAAUGCUGGAUACUUCUGGAUGCUGAUCAAUGUCUUGGCUGCCUCCACUUACGCUCUUGGCAUGCGCGGAGGCAUGAAGAAGAUCAACCUCAAGAACUGGGAUGUCAUUUACUACAACAACGUUCUCACCAUUCCUCUCCUCUUGGGCGGCUCCCUUUUCCUGGAGGACUGGUCCUCCGCCAACCUGGAGCGCAACUUCCCCCCCGCAGCUCGCCAGGGUUUGAUCAUUGGCAUGAUCUACUCCGGUCUUGGCGCCCUCCUCAUCUCCUACUGCACAGCCUGGUGCAUCCGGGCAACAUCCUCCACCACCUACGCCAUGUCCGGCGCCCUCAACAAGCUCCCCAUGGCCAUCGCUGGCCUCGUCUUCUUCAAGGAGCCUGUGACGUUUGGUGGUGUCGUCGCUAUCCUCAUGGGCUUCGUCAGCGGCGUUCUCUACUCCGUGGCGAAGACUAGCAAGCCAAAGGAGAAGACGUCCGAUCUCCCCCUCACGAAUCUGCAGUCCAAUGGCCAGCACCCCAAGUAA